GCUCUUUCGUCAUGUUGUACAAAAUCGAUACUGUCAUUGUUGCUGUUUUUUUAAUCGGAUCUACAAUAACCAAUUUGCCGAAAGCAGUGUUCGCCCGCGAAAAUGCCAAAACUCAAAAUGUUCUUCUGCUUGUAGCCGAUGAUGGAGGCUUCGAGAUGAGAUCGUACAGAAAUAAUAUUUGUCAAGCUCCUAAUCUCGAUAAAUUGGCUAAAGACAGUUUGAUAUUCAACAAUGCAUAUACGUCCGUCAGCAGUUGCUCACCGAGUCGGGCAGCAAUGCUGACUGGUUUGCCGAGCCAUCAAAAUGGGAUGUAUGGUUUACACCAAGGCGUCCAUCAUUUCAAUUCGUUUGACAAUAUAAUGAGUUUGCCAAAAAUAUUGUCAAAUAACAAUGUGAGAACUGGAAUAAUAGGGAAAAAGCACGUGGGACCAGCGAAUGUUUAUCCUUUCGAUUAUUCGCAAACGGAAGAGAACAAUUCAAUUCUUCAAGUGGGAAGGAAUAUCACUAAUAUUAAACUCCUUGUUCGGGAAUUUCUAGCAAUGAACAAAUCUGAACCUUUUUUCCUGUACGUCGCUUUUCAUGAUCCCCAUCGUUGUGGUCACUCUCACCCGGAGUAUGGUAAUUUCUGUGAGAAAUUUGGCAACGGUGUCGAGGGAAUGGGCACAAUACCAGAUUGGAAUCCCAUUUAUUAUCAAUGGGAACAAGUGAAAGUGCCAUAUUACGUUCAGGAUACUGAAGCUGCAAGACGUGACAUUUCUGCUCAAUACACAACGAUUUCUCGACUCGAUCAAGGAGUGGGUUUGGUUCUCAAAGAAUUGGAAAAAGCUGGUUAUAAGAAUAACACACUGGUAAUAUAUACGUCGGACAACGGAAUACCAUUUCCAAAUGGUAGAACAAAUCUCUACGACUCAGGAAUGGCAGAACCAAUGAUGAUAUCGUCACCGCAACAAGAUCAUCGAAAAAACGAAGUUACUUAUGCUUUAACUUCGUUAUUGGACGUGGUACCAACAAUUUUGGAUUGGUUUCACAUAAAAAAUAUUGGUAUCGAAAAUUCAACAGAAACGAAUCAAGUUCCAAACUCGUUUUUAACCGGCAGAUCGCUUUUACCUCUUUUAGUGAAAGAACCUGUGGAAGAUGACACGGCGAUAUUCGCGAGUCAGAAUCAUCACGAAAUUACGAUGUACUAUCCCAUGAGAGCUGUAAGAACAAAACGGUGGAAGCUCAUUCACAACAUCAACUUUAAGAUGCCGUUUCCCAUAGAUCAAGAUUUCUACGUUUCUCCAAGUUUUCAAGACCUUUUGAAUAGAACCCGUUCAAACAUACCCUUGAGAUGGAAAAAAACUCUGAAGCAAUAUUAUAACAGGUCUGAGUGGGAGUUGUAUGAUUUGAAAAAAGAUCCUGAAGAAUUGAAGAAUUUGGCUGAGACAUCUGCAGCUCAGGAAAUAUUUCAAAUUUUGAAAAAAAGACUCUUCGAAUGGCAAAAAUCAACAAAUGACCCCUGGCUCUGUGCACCCAGAGGAGUUUUAGAAAGCCAUGGUAGAGACCCCAGGAAUCAAGAGUGUAUGCCGCUCGAUAAUUUGGGAUAUUAAGACUUUUCUGUACGUUACAGCAUCGGUCGAUAUUAUUUUCUAUUGCUCUGCAUCAACUUACAGUCAAUUGAAGAAUGUAAUCCUGGACAUUGAAACGUUUCUCAAUUCCUUCUCAUGUUUUGAGAGCUCUUUGCUCAAUUGACGAACGUAUGUAGCAGAUUUAUUGAUGGUUUUUUCUGCAAUACUCAUCUCAGAUGAUAUUUCUGUCACCUGUUAUUUAAAAUAAGAUAAAAUAUAAAUCAUUUUAUACAUAUUAGGUUUAAAUUUGUGAGUUAAUCUAUAAAUCACUUUUAUGAAAUGAACAAUUGAAACUACAUGAUCAAAUAAAUAAACAUGACAACUA